AUGUAUACGUUAAUAAAUGAGCUUUGGAAUGCCUAACAAUCCAAUCCCUUCCAACUUUCUAUCCACAUCCCUCAAACCAUUAUCAUAAAUCAGGGAUUCAAAAUCCAAUGGUACUUUUCAUAAAAUAAUAAAAUCCUUAAACGAAAAUCCAUAAACUGCAACAUACCCUCAAUCAUCAGCUAUCUAAAAUAAAAUAAUACCCCAAUGAACAUAAUAACAAUCUCAUCACCUUAUGUUGUUGAAGGAUUUGGUCAAAUUUAAUUGAAAAAUGAACCAAUAGCAAUUGAAUAAAUAUAAUAAUUAUUAAUACAUUAUCAAACUUACCCUCACAUCAUUGAGAACCCCAUUAUUUUGUAGGAACAUUUUCAAUUAGGACAACAUAUUUCAUUAAAAUGGAAUAAAAAUUACACCUUUAUUUAAGAAUGCGAUUCCCAUUCCUAUUAAGUAAAUUAACAAUGCCUCAAAUUAACCCCGCAUUACAGAUCUCAAAUCAACAUGCUAAGUUAAUAACUGGUCCAAAGGAUCCAACAAAUCUAUUAAGUUAGAGGACAAUUGAGUGAAAUGAACAUCGUCAUGUGUCUUCAAGAUAAACCCAUUUUCCUCUGGUGCACUGAGAUUAAGUUCAUCAAUGAUCAAUACGUGAGAUAAGAGGACGACCAGUUUCGAUUGUGGAAUAGGAUCAAAGAAUUUCGAUUAACUUUCAAUCCAAUCACCAAACAUCAUAGAUGUCAAAGCAAUCUAGAAGGCUAGGCCAUAAAUCAAAGUUAAUAGAAUGACAAUUUAAAUAAGUCAACCCUAUAUCUUAAUUUAAAUGGUUUGAUAUCUAAUAGAGCACACAAUGUCAGUGUUACUUCUAAUGUUUCAAACUCAAAAUAGCAUAUUUAACCACUUUUUACAUAGAUGAAAUCAGCUCGAAGUAAUAUAACAUCAAAUAUCAAUAUCAAUGUCAAGUAACUCCUACACAAUAACAACCAUAAUUAAUCACAGGAACUCUCUACUUAACGACAGAGUAGAGGAGGGUCUGUGUUGAAGCAAUUGACAAAUAGGUCAUUUUCCAAUCGAUCCCAAUCCAUGUAUAAAGUGCAUUUGAAUGAUGAUAAAAUUCAGCAAUGCGGCAAUCAAAAGAAGAAUGGAUCGAUGACUCAGAGAACUGAAGCUUCGGAAUAGGAAUUGUUAUUGUAACCAAAAAUCACGAAGAGCAGUUCGAAAGUUGUGAAUUGCUUGAGGUAGAGAUUGCAAGAAAUUAAAUUAAAAUAGUUAUUAUGA